CAUCCUUCAUUGGAGAGAUUUCUCUUGUUUCAAGUUCCUCCCUUUCUUCCCAACCCAAAGGCGAAACCACAUACACAUAAAAAGUGAAACAAAUCUAAGUCUAGGAAUGUAUGCAGAAACGGGUCUAAUGUUCCCUUACUUCCAGAGCUGUUCGCACGAGCUACAGCAGCUCGAUGACUACUGCCGUUCUCACAAAUCCAAUUCCCCAUCAACAGAUCUUUUGGUGCAGGGGAGCUUGAAACGGACCUCAAUAGUUUCAGAUUAUGAUUUAGGAGGAGAAGGAGAUUUGUUUAAUGCCCCUGAACCAAUUCUGGAAGAAACUGCAAUGGGUCUUGAUCCUGUUGCGGCUGUCAUUUCAAUGAUGUCUUCAGGGGAAGACAUACUAUCCUCCAAAACUCUAAACUUAAAGGCAGCUGAUAUUGAGUCGAUUCAGAGCGAGGUUUUCUAUGAAUGUGAGAAGGGUAUGUUGGCGAUGGAGGCUAUGGAGACAUCACUAUCUGAUAUUCUCGACAUCAAGAUUCCAAAUAUUCAAGGGACUGAAGAAGUUAACUGCCAAGGAUCCAUUCAGAAGAGCGUUAGCUCUGACUGUUUGAGUUCAAUGGAGGACUACUGGCUCCAUGGUGGUAAUCCAACUGGUCCAAACUUUUUCGGUUUUCCUGGUUUGGAUCUUGGUGCUGUUUAUGGCAUGCGAAGAGCAUACAGUGAUGGCGAUAUAAAGACUCUUGGUAAUGUGAACAACAUGAAUUCCCCCCUUGGAGGACAACCGAAUGUCAUCUGCAACCACACAAGCGAAGAGCGCCUGCAAAAGCUUUCGAGAUACAGAAACAAAAAGACAAAGAGAAACUUUGGCAGGAAAAUCAAGUACGCUUGCAGGAAGGCUCUUGCUGAUAGCCAACCGAGGAUUCGUGGAAGAUUCGCAAAGACAGAAGAAUAUGAGAUUCCCAAGAACUAGAAGCAAUAAAAUGUAUGACUGAAAAAAUGUUUCUGAAAUGGAGGGGGUUCUAGUAAAAGUUUAGAAUAGUUUUCAAUAAGAAUGUUCUCUAUCGCCCCGAGAGUUACCUGAUCAUCUGUUUAUUUCUGUAAUAAUAAUCUAUCCAUCUCUGUAGCCCAUAGUCAAGUAAUGUUUUGUAAAUAUCUCCAUGCAAUAAAAAGAUGUUAGUGAGUUGUUUAUUAAUAUAUA